UAGGGUGAUCCUUGGGACUGUGGGUUGGGGUAAAACCGGAAGUGAAUGACGGAUCGCAUUCGUGAGUCGUGAGUCGUGGGUCGUGAGACGAAACCGGAGCAAUCUCUCUAUUCGUUUUUCUUUUCUGUUGCUUAGCGGAGAAGUGAGAAGAUAUAGUCGUUUAGCCGAGCAGAUGCUGAGGAAUUCGGCAACUGUUCCGUUUCACCUGUGAAUUGAGGGAACUCGUAAGAACUUGGAAGUCCAAUCUCUUUGAAUUUUCUUCUUAUUUCGGUUUCCCCUUUUUGUUCUCAAGCUUCUUAUUAAAAGGAACCAGAGUUGGAUAUCCAUCCAAUGAAACUCGUUUUGGUGUUUUGUUAGUGGAAAGAACCACGGUACAAUAUGACUGCGCCUCAAGACCCAUUUUACACUGUUAAAGAGGAGAUUCAGGAAUCUAUUGAUAAACUACAAUCUAUUUUUCAUCAAUGGGAAUAUAUACGUUUGAAUAAAGGAGAGCACAUCGAUCUCAUGAAGGAGUUGCUUGUUGGUUGUGAAAGCAUUGAAUGGCAGGUGGAUGAAUUAGACAAGGCAAUAGCAGUUGCAGCCAGAGAUCCAACUAGGUAUGGCAUUGAUGAAGCAGAGCUUGAAAAACGGAGGAGUUGGACUAGCAUUGCUCGUACACAGGUGGGCAAUGUGAAGAAAGCUGUAGAAGCUGGAAAAGAAAAGAAUAGUACUGGCACUGGUAGUUUGAAUGGGACUAGACAAGAGCUACUGAGGCUUCCAGAUGAUCAUUCAUCUCAGAAAGGCAGAUCCAACCAGUAUACAGUGCGAGAUGAUGAUGAUUUCAUAUCAUCAGAAUCAGAAAGGCAGCAACUUCUCAUAAGGCAACAAGAUGAUGAGCUGGAUGAGCUUACUGCAAGUGUGGAGAGAAUUGGAAGUGUAGGGCUUACGAUUCAUGAAGAACUUCUUGGACAGGAAAAGAUAAUUGGGGAAUUGGGCUUGGAAAUGGACAGUACUUCAAAUCGUCUCGAUUUUGUUCAGAAGAAGGUAGCUAUGGUUAUGAAGAAGGCUGGUGCAAAGGGCCAGAUUAUGUUGGUACUUUUUUUGGUGAUUCUUUUCGUUGUACUCUUUGUUUUGGUCUUCCUUACAUAGGCUACAGAAAGAAUGAAUCAAUUUAUAUUGUUGGUUGUAUGAAAGUGGAAGGGAGCUUGGUAAUGAGUACAUUUCAAAUAUUAAGGGUUGUAAAGUUGAAAGGAUUAUUGAAGAACUGAUUGCCAAUUUGGUUCGGAUAUUAA